UAGUGGGCAAAUAAUGGCCCCACCUCGACGGAUGUCAUUAGCCCCCAAUACUUACAACACCUACAUUGAUGCCUCUAUUGGCAACAUAAUUACUGACCAUCAAUACAGCAAUGGAAUGCAGUUUCAGCCGUCAGGCUGCCAUGUUGAGAUUGGUAAGGGAAUUAGCAAUGCUAAAGUGGAGAGUCAACAAAUAAUAAGGGCAACCAUGUUUGCGAUGAAUAACGUUGAGUCGUUGCAUGUGCAUGACAAUUCUUCCAUCAUCAUUGUCAUCCCUGAAUACAUGACGUCCAUUGAUGGUACGGCACUUGGUUGGCGACAUCUAAAACAGUGCCAUGUGGUGAGAUGCCCCAAGUUGCACACAGUCUUCACCCCUAACUAUGAUAGAAUCUACCCCUUUGAAGAAAUAGAAACCUUUUGGGCUUCUGAUCUCUUGAAUGUUCACUGCAUUUGGAACAAAGGAAGGACCUUCAGUGGCACCGACAACACUUCAUUUGCCAAACUGAAGAGCAUACACUUGUACUCUUGCCCGAGGCUCACAUUUGUGCUCCCCUUGUUGAUGGGUAUUCAAGGAUCAUAUUUGUCCAACUUAGGAAGUCUUCACAUUGUCAAAUGUGGUGAUCUAAAGGUGGUGUUUCCUGUUCAUCCUGACCUCAAAGAAGAUGUACUUGGGUUCCCAAGACUGAAGCACAUCCACCUGUAUGAGCUCUAUAAGCUGCAACAUAUAUGUGGGGUCAAGAUGCAUGCACCCAAGCUUGAGAGGGUGUGGCUCAGGGGCUGUUGGGGUCUCAGGCGCCUCCCAUCAGUUAGCCGAGAUAGGGGCCCCAUUGUAGACUGCGAGAAGGACUGGUGGGAGAAGCUGGAGUGGGACGGACUGGAGGUCGGCCAUCAUCCUUCCCUCUUUAAGCCGCGCCAUUCAUCUCAUUACAAGAAGUCUCUUCCUAGAGGCUCAGUUCUAUGGUGAAUCCACGUAGCCGCUCAGGAUUGGUGGUGGCUAACACAACGGCGAAGUCUUGAUGCUCUCUCGGCUGCUGUCGUUGCUGCAACGGUGCCCUCAGAUGUUUGCCUACAAAGUUUGUGUCUGCUGGUGUGUUUUCUGAAGAAUAAAUUCGUACAAGCUUGAUGUUGUGGGUGUGUGCACGCACCUGCUCAACUUUGGUUUUUGUGGGUCUGUGUGGUUUGCAUUGUGGUUAUGUGUAUGGCUUUAAUAAGAAGGGUUUGGUGAGCCUGUAGCACGUAAGGUCGGUCGCACAACCCCAUUGGUGUGCCCAAGACUUUUUUUUUUUGAA